AUGUACAGUCAGAAGGAAUAUAGCGACGGUCAGGAUGUCGAGGAGGGCCUCAGCCACUCGCAAUCAUCGUCUUUCAACAUCGCAGGGAAUCCUGUAGCGAUGGAGAAAAAAUCCGCUCUUGCAAAAACUUAUAUUGAGGAUAAUGAGAGUGAGGAAGAUCAGUAUGUUGGGGGUAUUACCGAGGAGACGAAACUGUCUUUUUGGGAUAGACUAGGCGCUAAAUUGAAUGCGGAGACGAAGGGCAUUGAGGCGAUAACGGAUGAGGAAAAGACUGAUGACUCGGUGAUCAAUGCCGCAUCUAUGUGGUUUUCUGCCAAUAUGGUCAUUGCAGCGUACGCCCUAGGGACGCUUGGCCCCUUGGUGUUUAGCUUGAAUUUCGGGACGAGUGUCUUGGUGAUCGUUUUCUUCAACUUUCUUGGUUUGCUCUCAGUGGCAUUCUUCUCCGUCUUUGGCGCCGAGUUCGGUCUCAGACAAAUGAUCCUGUCUCGUUUUCUACUGGGCAAUCUAACCGCCAGGGUCUUUGCCUUGAUCAAUGUCGUUGCAUGUGUCGGUUGGAGCGUUGUGAACACGAUUGCUUCGGCACAGCUGCUGAACAUGGUUAAUCCGGACGGCAACCGGUGUCCGCCCUGGGCCGGUAUUCUCGUUAUCACGGGAUGUACUGUGAUGAUUUCAUUUUUCGGUUACCGCACCAUUCACGCCUACGAGAAAUGGUCGUGGGUUCCCAACUUUGCUGUCUUCCUGGUGAUUAUCGCUUGUCUCGCCAAGAAUGGCUCUUUCUCGAAUGGUGAGUGGACGUCCGGUCCUACGACUGCUGGCAGCGUACUUUCCUUCGGCUCUGCCAUUUAUGGUUUCGCUACUGGCUGGACCACUUACGCCGCCGAUUACACUGUUUACAUGCCUAGAAACACAAACAAGUACAAGAUUUUCUUCUCGCUGGUAGUUGGUUUGGCGACCCCAUUAUUCUUUACCAUGAUUCUGGGUGCCGCAUCGGCGAGAGCCACUUUGAACAAUCCAGCAUGGUUGGAGUAUUAUAACAGUAAUUCCGUUGGUGGUAUGACUUUUGCCAUUUUAGUGCCCGAUUCGCUACAUGGUUUCGGUCAAUUCUGUUGUGUAGUUUUGGCAAUGUCCACUGUCGCCAAUAACAUUCCAAACAUGUACACUAUGGCGCUAUCGGCUCAAGCUCUAUGGGAGCCACUAGCUAAAAUCCCAAGAAUUAUCUGGACUUUGGUCGGUAACGGUGCUUCCCUGGCUAUCGCUAUUCCAGCUUUCUACAAAUUUGAGAGCUUCAUGCAGAACUUUAUGGAUUCCAUCGGUUAUUAUCUGAGCAUAUACUCGGCAAUUUCUUUAAGUGAGCACUUCAUUUACAGGCGUGGUUUCCAAGGCUAUAAUAUAAACGACUGGAAUAGAUGGGAUAAACUACCUGUCGGUAUCGCUGGUUGCUCAGCAUUGUUUGUCGGUGCCGUUGGUGUUGCCGUCGGCAUGUCCCAAUCCUACUGGACAGGUGAAAUUGGUCGCCGCAUUGGAGAAUACGGCGGUGAUAUCGGCUUUGAGCUAGGAGCUGGCUUUGCGUUCAUCGUUUACAACAUUAUAAGACCUCUGGAAUUGAAAUACAUGGGUCGUUAA